AUGUCAGACACCGAUAUGAGCUCGCAGGAGGAAGUAAAGAGGGCCGCAAAGAAGGAGAAGAAGGAAAAGAAGGAAAAGAAAGAAAAGAAGGAAAAGAAAAGCUCAAAGUCCAAGUCGAAAGUCGCCGAAUCAGCCUCAGACGACGAGAUGACGGAGACACCGGCAAAGAAGCGCAAGCGCGAAAUUCUCCCCGAGGAGAUUGUCGUCGACAUCGACCUUCCCGAACCGACCUCCAAGAAAGCUGCCCGUGCUGCGAAGAAGGCAAAGCUCAACCCCAAGCCUGCUGCUGUCGGAAACGAGCCGUCUACAGACGCAACAACAGAGGGCACUGUUGGUGAUGUGAAAAGAGGCGAAGAGAAGCGCUCAGAAUUCGGUGUCUGGAUUGGCAAUUUGCCCUGGUCUGCCACCAAGGACUCGCUGCGCAGCUUCAUCAUGGAGAACACCGAGAUCAAGACAGAGCAGAUUACCAGGGUGCACAUGCCUCCAUCCACAAAGCCAGUCCCCGCUCAUUGGACGACCAAGCCAAACAACAAGGGCUUUGCAUACGUCGACUUCUCGACCGAGCUCGCCAUGUACGCAGCCAUCGCAAUGACAGAGACCAAGAUGGACGGUCGCGCACUACUCAUCAAGAACGCGAAGAGUUUCGAAGGUCGACCUGACAAGCCAAAGGUGGAAGGGGAAGAGAGCGGUGGUCGCGGAAAGCCUGUUGGCAAGGCAGGCGGUCACCCACCGAACAAGCGUGUUUUCGUUGGAAACCUCUCAUUCGAUGUUACCAAGGAAGAUCUUACAGCGCACUACAACCCGUGUGGGUCGAUUGAGAACAUACAUAUGGCGACUUUCGAGGACUCGGGUAAAUGCAAAGGCUACGCCUGGGUGACGUUUGGAGACGUCGAGGCUGCUACCUGCGCUGUCCAGGGUUUCGUCAUGAAGACAGAGGCCGAGCUGAAAGCCAAUAAGAAGAAGGCCACAGACGGCUCUGGCGAUGAAGAGACUGAAGUCAAGAACCCAACAAAGAGGAGAAAGUGGCUGCUUAACAAGCUAAACGGGCGAGAGAUGCGUUGCGAAUUUGCGGAAGACUCCACAACACGUUACAACAAGCGGUACGGCAAGGACAAGCCAGCAGAGCCAAUCGAUGGCGUAAAUCCAGACCGCUGGAAGAACUUUGGCGGUGGUAAUGACAGACAGGGUGGAAGGAGGGAGCCGCGCGAGCCGCGCGCACCUAAGAAUGGCCCAAACAGCAUUCAGCCCGGCAAAAAGGUCGAUCCAAGGUCAAUCAAGAGUGGCUCAGCUCACAUGAACGCUCAGAGAGCAAGUCAGGCCAUCGUGGAGGGAUCAGGCAAGAAGACCACGUUCGAGUAG